CUAUGAAUACACUCUCAGCAAGAAUCACGUUGACGAGACGGUAAAUUGAGGCUGUGUUGUGGGAAUAAUGAGCUGGCUCACGGCAGCAGUGAGGCAGGCUUCCAGACUUGUGCCAUUCUCAGGGACAGCAAGUAAUACAAAAUAUAUUCUUGGCAGAUUCACAGAUAUUUUAGGAGACGGCAGCGUCCACCCUACAGAUACGCUGAGAGGACCCUGGUGGCUGCGUGGAUGGAGAGGUAACGAGAUGAGGCGUAUUAUUAGGCGACUCAACUUAACAGGUGCGAAGUUACGGUACUACCGACCGACCAAGUAUAAACAGCUCAAAAAGAGACUGAAGUUUUUGUAUAAGAGACAUAACGUGGGUCGGAGGCGAGGCGGAGGACUGCAUUGAGGAUUUCUGGCAGAGGACUGUUUUAAGGAUUUCUGGUACUUGUGUUUACCUAGACUGUUGAUGGCCACUAGCAUAUGGUUGAUGUUACCUAUACAACUUAAAUUUAAAGAUGUUCUUUUUGGAAAAUUUAUUGAAUCCUCCUAGUUGUCCAACACUACCAGAUAACCAAAGUUCUUGUAUAAGAAACAAAAUGCCGUUAAUUUCAUUCUCAAGGCACUGUUAUUUUGCCUGGAUGAGGAACGUAAACAUCAGACGAACUAAGAACAGGCAUAAUGCAUAUUAAGUGCCAAAAAAUUUGUGAGCAAAUUUAAAGUUGUCAUAUAAAUGGCAAUGUUUAGCAAGGCUGAUGCAGUGGAUCACUGGCAGAUUCAGAGUAUUAGUCAUAUUGGUUUAACCCCUUCAUAAAAUAUGUCAGAAUGUAAAUCAAUAUAGCUGUAAUGUUAUCUUUAGUAAUCAAAUGGGCCAGGAGUCUUCUCAUAUAAUAAAUAUGGACAUGAAAUUAAUUUAAGGAAGCUUGACAUGUUGUUUUCUGUGAA